AGCGAGAGAAAGAGAGAGAGAGAGAGGAGUUUAAACUAAGAGCUAUGUUUUGGGACGGAGUAAUCUGCUAGAGAGCAGUGUGCGGAUCGGAGCGCAUUGUGAGAGUGAGUGUGCGGGGGACAGAUAAGGAAAAGAAGCCCGCCAGCCUGGCUGCUUGUUUUAAUGUGCUGACUCUGGGGAGAUAAAAAAAAGAAAAAAUAUUGACUCUUCAGUCGUGUGCCGAGAGCCAGGGCACGAGCGCCACAUUUAACAAGAGGUGCACCGCAAAAAAAGAGGAAAAAAGAGAAAAAAACAGGGCGCAAGGGGGGACAAAAUACAUCCGCAGCGCAAAACAGCACGUUUUAGCGGAUUUUUUAACCCUCUGUUUUUUCUUCUUUUUUUUAACCUGUUUUCUUUUUUCCUUUCUUUUUUUCCUCCUUUCCUUUGCUGGGACCGAUUCCCGUUUCCGGUAGAGAGAAAAAAGAGAGAGAAGGGAGACUUCCACUGACGGACAGCCACAAGAGUGAGUGAACGAGAAGCGAAAAGGGACGAGAGACAACCAAAAAAAAAAAAGAGAGAAAACAAUCACAACAAGAAAAGAAGAUGUUCGAAAUCAGCCGAACACUGAAUGCCGCUUUGUUGAGCAAUGAGUAUCUGAAGAUGAUGGUAAGGUACUCCCAGUAUUCGGCACUAGCCCAGGCUGAAGGCUCCGUCCCGGGCAUGGGCUCCCUGCUUUUGCCCCACGAUCCAUCCAGCCAGCAGCCGGGGGCCAGGUCACUGGGGGGAUCGACAGAGACUCAGUGGCGUCAGGCAGACUUGCCGCAGCUCCAGGGCUGGGCUGACAAAGGACUGCUGACACAGCCAAAGAUGAUAAUCAGCAACAUGGAGCCUCAGGUGACAAAUGGGCCGAAUCCGGCCACAGCCAACGGUCCCUCGAGCAACAGUCGCAGCUGCCCAUCGCCCAUGCAGACCAGCGGCUCCAAUGACGACAGCAAGACCAACCUUAUCGUCAACUACCUGCCCCAGAACAUGACCCAGGAGGAGUUCCGCAGCCUCUUCGGCAGCAUUGGAGAAAUCGAGUCCUGCAAGCUGGUCCGCGACAAGAUCACAGGACAGAGCCUUGGAUAUGGUUUUGUCAACUACAUUGACCCAAAGGACGCAGAGAAAGCCAUCAACACGUUAAAUGGACUCAGACUUCAAACCAAAACUAUCAAGGUGUCAUACGCACGGCCCAGCUCAGCUUCUAUCCGUGACGCUAACCUGUACGUGAGUGGGCUGCCUAAAACCAUGACCCAGAAAGAGCUGGAGCAGCUCUUUUCCCAGUAUGGACGAAUCAUUACCUCCCGCAUCCUCGUCGACCAGGUCACAGGCCCUGCAGGUGGCUCACGCGGGGUGGGCUUCAUUCGCUUUGAUAAGAGGAUAGAGGCAGAGGAAGCCAUCAAGGGUCUGAACGGACAGAAGCCCUCCGGAGCAGCAGAACCCAUCACAGUGAAGUUUGCCAACAACCCCAGCCAGAAGACCAGCCAGGCCCUCCUCUCCCAGCUCUACCAGUCCCCCAACCGCCGCUAUCCCGGCCCCCUGCACCACCAAGCCCAGAGGUUCAGGCUGGACAAUUUGCUUAAUAUGGCCUAUGGCGUUAAGAGGUUCUCUCCCAUCACCAUAGAUAGCAUGACCAGUCUAGUAGGGAUGAAUAUUCCUGGACACACCGGCACGGGCUGGUGCAUCUUCGUCUACAACCUGUCUCCAGACUCAGACGAGAGCGUCCUGUGGCAGCUCUUUGGGCCGUUCGGCGCCGUCAACAACGUCAAAGUGAUUCGCGACUUCAACACCAACAAGUGCAAGGGGUUCGGUUUUGUCACCAUGACAAACUACGAUGAAGCGGCCAUGGCCAUCGCUAGUCUGAAUGGGUACCGGCUGGGAGACCGCGUAUUGCAGGUGUCCUUCAAGACCAACAAGACCCACAAGUCCUGAACUCCCUCUCCACUCUCGUGUAGCCCCGUAAAAAAGAAAAAAAAAACACCACUACUAACAAACACCCACCUCAGCCCACACAGCUAGCCUACUCCAAACAGGAACACAAACAACCAACAAACCAACUAAAGAGAAC